GUCAAGAAAUUGUCAUAGAUGCCUAGUCUAGUAAUUGUUGCCUAAAAAAUAUUGUUGUUGAAUCACAUAGUAUCAAACCUUUAAUUGUCUACACAGAUAAUGCUACAUUGUUAAUUCUUCAUUAGGAAAUUGACUAAAUACCUACCUGUAUCAGUGAGCAAAGUGACGUUCUUAUAAACUCAAGGAACAAGAGUACGUUGCCGUAAUCUUUUUGUUUUGGAGAGAAUAAUCCAGCAAGACGGCGGGCCGAAGCAGUAUGAGGCGCGCUAGAGACGGGUACGCGUAUCAGCCCAUUCCCAGGGUGGCUACAGAAGAUGCAGUCGCUCACGAGAACGAUCAUAUGGCAGAGGAGCUCAGUGGCAAGAUCAGCACUCUCAAACAUAUGUCGAUAGAAAUAGGCAACGAGGUUCGAUACCAAGACAAAAUCUUACGUGGACUUGAUGAUGAUGUGGACAGAAGCUCUGGUUUUCUUGGGAAAACUAUGGGCCGAGUAUUAAGACUAGGCAAAGGCAAUCACAAUUACUACAUACUUUAUUUGUUCCUUUUCUCCAUCUUUGUCUUUUUCCUACUUUAUAUUGUUUUAAAAUUUAGGUGAUCUGUUCAAACCAUUAUAUGACUGAAUUCCAAAUUGUACCUUGUUCUUGUUCAUAUGUAUUUAUUUAUUAAGUAACCUUAAAUGUUAUAUAAAAGUAUGUAAAUAAAUAAUUUGCAAAAACAA